AUCCGAGUCAAUCAUUAGUUUGCAACAGUUGAACAGACAACAAGAACAUGAGCAAUAUUAGCAACGACAGUGGUUUGGAUGAUUCUGCAGUGGCGGUGGUCAAUGCAGCCGCUGGCCAAAAUGGAGGAGCUGCAACUCGACUCUCCUGGUUUCUAGCAGAAGUCGACGAAGGUUCCAUGAAAACUGGUCGGCCCAGUGGACAUUCAAGAUUGUGCGUCCUCCACUCAAUGGAGCUGCUGGAGAGCGAUGUUUCGGACAAAUAUAUGACGCGAUUUGUGGAAUUCCGUGUCAAUGGCAUGGUAGUAGAAGCCAAACUUAUCUUGGCUGCCGAUGACCGCAAAUUGGUAGACGCCGCUCUGGUUACUAUGAGCAAAGUACGACGCGAAGAGUCUAAUGCCAGGCAAUUGCUUGUGCAGUAUACGGAAAACGAGGAAUUGGUUCAAAAGUUAAUCUCACCGAGCCGAGUUGUCUGGCUGAGCACAAAGCCUGAGUUGGGUGGCACACCGCUGGUGAAAUUAGGUCCUGGAUGCAUUGCUCAUGUCCUGUACGCUUACGAUCAGCGAGACUAUAUGGAGAAAAUUCUAUUGAAUCUGAAAGCCCGUUGUUUUGACCACGCCUUUGACGAUAAAAUUGAAGAUGCGCCUAACCCAUUGGACGAAAAUACUUGGUUGCUGGUGCAGUUUAGCAUCAAUCCGGAAACUGUUGGCUAUCGCGUCAUUCAGUACAAGCAAACGAUGUGGCGCAAUGAGAACCUCUUCAAAGAUGUCAUAGCCUAUAUCCAGCUGCCCGGAACUGACAUAGUGCUGCAAGCUGUGGUCAUCAGCUAUGGCCAGGAUCGGGCCAAACAACAAGCAAAACUUGACGAAUUGCGCAGUUUUGCCCUAGGUCUCAAUUUUCCAGUACCAGAGGAAUUGGAUAAGCAGAUUGAACAGGGCCAGGGAACAGCUUCACUUUUCACUCGCACCAGUAGCAGCAUCUUCCAGAGAGCCGAACAGCGAGACGUCAAUGGUGAGCAUAAAGAGUUGAGGCACACUCUCGCACAGAUGAGCGAAAAAGCUGAAAGUGAGGCAAAAAUGAUUAUCGAGGCCUUUGAUAUUUUGGACAAUAUCAAUAAGAAUCUUCAGAAUCGCUUGGAUGUGGAAGCGAUGAAUAACAACGGAUUGGUAGCUGAAGAAGGAGCGCAGUAGUUAAAACGAUAUAUAAUAUAAAUACCUGUAAAUACUUAUAAUUAUAA